UGUCUAUGGUUUCUGUCACUUGUGGUUUUCGUCGUCUUUCGUGAGCGUAAACAUAAAUCACGACAUUUUUGCACUAUUUAGGAAAAUUGGCUUUUAAACUAAAUUGAAAUUGAAGCUUUUAGUCGUGAUGUUAUGUGACUGCAGACGAAGAUGUCACAAACUUCGUUUGCAACGAUUUUAAAACUUUAGCUGGAAGCAAUGUUUUAUUUAUUUUCUAACUUUAUUUAGAAACGAAUAUAAAGUAUAUUUUAAAAUGUGUGAUUUAUACAUAGCGGUAGUUUGUUCUUCGAACAUGAACCGAAGCAUGGAAGCUCACGCUUUUCUUGCAAAGAAAGGUUUUAAAGUUAAGUCUUAUGGCACAGGCGAAAAGGUUAAGUUACCAGGUGCUUCUGCCGAUCGACCUAAUUGUUACGAAUUUGGAGUCCCCUACGAUGACAUAUAUAAUGAUUUAAUGGAAAAGGACAAGGUAUACUAUACACAAAAUGGUAUAUUACAUAUGCUAGAUAGAAACAGAAGAAUUAAACCAAGCCCGGAGAAGUUCCAGGUGUCAACAGAAAGAUUUGACGUCAUAAUAACUUGUGAAGAACGAGUAUACGAUCAAGUUGUUGAAUGGUUUGGUUCCAAGAGGUCAGUUUAUAAUCAGCCAGUACAUGUGGUAAACAUGGAUAUCCAAGAUAACCAUGAAGAAGCUACUAUUGGUGCAUUUUUAAUAAGUGACAUGGUCACUAAGAUGGCUCAAAGUGAUGAUCUUGAUAAUGAUAUUGAUGAACUGUUGCAUGAGUUUGAAGGAAAGUGUCACCGGCCAAUUUUAAAUUGUAUAAUGUUCUAUUAAUAUAUUUAUUAAUUAACAUUAGAAAGCCAAACAGAAAAGAAAACUAUGCUUCCAAUAUCACAAUAAUCUUAUUAUUAUUCAACUGGCAGAAUAUGUAAUGUUACGAACAGUGUUUUUUUUACUGUUAAGGCAAAAUAAGUGAUGACCAAAUAAUUUUUGUGUAAUAAAUCAAAUUUGACCUGGUGAAAUAGCUCUAUUAUGUUCACAUUACCAUACUCUUAUAGUGAACUUAUACAAGUUGAAACACCUGGUUUUCCAAAUGCUGUUUAAAAUAUUUUAUUGAUGACUGUAAUUUUACUGUUACCAAUUCAAUGGAUUUGACAGAUGGAUAACUAACAGUGGUGUUAACAAGCAUUUGAGAAACCAGAAGUCAGAUUUCGAUGAAAAAAUGUCAAUAAUCUCUAAUGAAUUAAUUCUGUAUGCAGGACAAUGUUUGGAUUUUCAUAAAAAAAUAUUCAAAUAUUUA